AUGGCGCCCCUUCGCCAUCGACAGAGCCUCUCAAAGGAGAAGUUCACCGGAUAUUUUAGCUCUUUGAAGACCCAAACCUAUAAUGACCCCAAUACAAGAGGUGCUAGCUCGCAUAGUUUGAGAAGCAUUGCAUGGUCUCCAAUGGGCAACCUGAUCGCGACUGGGGCAGCAGAUAAGACCCUGAGAGUCUGGAAUCCUGAGAGGCCCUCAGUGAACUACUCCACUCAACUUGUCGGUCACAGUGCUGGGAUCGAAAAGGUGGCUUUCAAUCCAGUAAAAGACGCUGAACUUGCCAGUGUGAGCAGUGAUGGUGUAGUCAAAUUUUGGGACGUUAGAACGAAAGCUGUGAUCAACGAAGUCAAAGGAUUAGGUGACGCUUUUACGCUCGUCUGGAGCCCUGAUGGCGAGAGUCUUGUUGUUGGUAAUAAGGCUGAUAACAUCUACAUACUCUCCCCGACCCAGUCAACUCCUGUCGCUUCACAUCAGCAGCCAGUGCAGACAAACCAAAUCUCUUUCUGUUGGAGCGGUAACAAAAUCUUUCUCACAACAGGAGAAGGUCGUAUCAAGAUUCUAUCCUAUCCAGACUUCAAACCUGUCUUUAAUAUGACUUUUGAGUCUUCGCAACCUUUCACCUUAAAUGGACAUACAUCCUCUUGUCUUUCUGUAGAGAUGCAGCCAACGGCAAGAUUCUUGGCAAGUGGGGGCUCAGAUUCUAUCAUUGCACUUUGGGAUACAACCGAUUGGAUAUGCCAACGUACUUUGAUUGAUAUGAUAGGCCCCGUCAGGAGUAUAAGUUUUAGCUUUGACGGAAGCUAUAUUGUUGGAGGUAGUGAUGAAGGCACAGGACUGGAAAUUACCCAUACUGAAACUGGAGAGCAUGUGUACACCGUCAAAGGUGGCCCUUGCCCCGUUGUCGCCUGGCACCCAAACAAAUAUAUUCUAGCAUAUGUGGAAAACGGUGGCUUGAAGAUCAUCGGAGUCGAUUUAGAAAGGAAGUAA